UCCCCUCAUCCCAACAACUACUUUGUUGACAACCAUGGCCGACAAAAAUAUCGCCCAGGGUAUCCGCGACGAGGACCUCUGGCGUCUCAUCCGCCGCUUCGACAAGCAAGUGGGCCAUGUCCAGUCUGUUCCCCGGACUUCGCAGCAGCUCGACCUGAACCGCUCGGCCGAGGAGCAGUUUCCGCCUGCGAAAUUGCAGAAGACGAUUGAGAGAUUUUAUAUCUCUGUUAUUGUUAAAUUCGGGCUCUUCUUCAACCAUAUUAACCACCUGCGCUCGUGGGAGGAUCCCCGCCGGACGGGGACCUUCUUUGCUGUGUAUCUGGUAGCAUGGCUAUGCGAUCGCCUGGUUCCGAUGCUUACUGGCGUGCUGCUACUCAUGACCUUCUCGCCUUCAACCCGAUCGCACAUCUUCCCGCCCAUCUCAGAGGCACAGGCCAUUCCUCACAGAAAGGAUGAAAAGCCUGCGCAAGCCACUCAACCAAAUGAAGCGCAUGAAGGCGAAGCAGCCGAAGCCGAAGCCGCAGCUCUUGUUACCGGUCUCACGACGUCUAUCGCCGAGCCCGAUGAGCCAGUCCAAGUCGAAACGACAGACUCCGGCACUCUGGCUAUCACGGCCGGCGACGAGGCCGGCAAGCCCAAGAGUUCCCCGGCUAUCAGUGUUACGCUGAAGAUUCUGAACGACGUUACGGAUCUCUGUGAAAGAUUCUCCAAUCUCUUGUCGCCAACGCCGCCCUUCACUCUAAUUGCGCCGCGUCUGCAAAUAGCGUUGAUACUGGGCUCUGUAUGCGUGGUAUCACUGUUCUUGUCCGGCCAUAUGAUCGUCAAGUCUGUGGCACUCACAAUCGGACUCGCCUUCUUCGGCGACCCUGUCCUCAGUCGCGCAGUCGGCUUCCUCGACAAGAACAUUCCCAACUGGAAAGAAUAUCUGGAUAUUGACAAAACCCUCCUCAAAGGCGUCCCCACAAACGCCCAGCUCACCCUCGUUCUCCUCCGCAUCGGGGAAAUGGCCGCAAGUCCCAUCCCAGCACCCCCGCCACCAGGCGCCUACAAAGACCAAUACCCAUCGCAAUGGCAGCUCUGGCGGCGACGCACCAAAGCCAUCGACGCCGCAAAGAAGGAAGAGGACGGGGACGACGACACCUCAACCCUCACCAGGGAAAGCACAAAGGACAGCGACAACACCGACCCAUCCUCCCCGGACGGCCUUAAAACGAAGAUCAAGGCCAAACCGAAGAAAUGGCUGCGGAUUCUGAAGUUCGCCCGUCGCGCUAUCACGACCGCGAUUAAGGGCCAGAUCGCGUAUAACCGCGCGAUGGCUCUCUCGGGGGCGGGCACGAAACACUACGCCAAGGGGUUGAUUUCGGCUGUGCUGGAGAGGAAUAUUGCACUUAUUGCGCCGCCGACGCUGAGUAAUGGACCGUUUGUUUUCGACGCGAAGUUUGAGAGGAAGCGCGGGACUGCUGUUAUUGAUUCUUCGCCGAGGUCUUCAGCAGGUGAAGGGCAAGAAGGGGAGGGAGAGGGAGAGACUGACACCGGACCGAUAUUGUACUUCACAUCCCGCGCGUCCGCAAAACUUAAUAUGGAGGAUCUGAGCAUCGACAGCCAAAAGUCCGAUAAUAUAGGAUUCCAAGUCCCGAUUAGUGAGAUCACGGAGCUGAGGAAGACGGAGGGACUGGGGUGGAAGGGCAAACUGGUUGUGCAGUUUGCGGCGGGGACAGAAGAAGCUGCGAAUGAGGGUUUAGUUAUUAAAGGACAAGACCCGGAGAAGACGUUCCAUCUGACGGAUAUGCGAGGCAGGAAUCAGCUGUUUAAUCGGCUUGUCGCGGGUGGUGCGCAGUCUUGGGAGCUGCAUUGACUGGUAGCAUCAUGUUUUUAACUUCAUUAAAUGAUUAACUUGAAAGAAUAAAUAUUUGUUCAGUAAAG